AUGAAUAAUUUUCUUCGGCUUGCCUUCUUGUUUUUCUUUGGCGCAAUAACCUCGUGCGCUUUCGACUGUAAUGGCCGUGAGCUCUCUUACAAUGAUUUCUCCGCCGAUGUGGCUCAUCUGAUCGAUGCUGAUAAAUCUAUUAAUACUCUAAAUGGACCGACCAAUGAUGCUUCAAUUUGGAGUGCAUUGUCUUCCACAUUUCUUCAAGACAAUCUUGAAUCACAUCGUCUUGGAAUUUUGUAUUUCAUUGAUGAGGAUUCCAAGACUCCCAACAAGUGUUAUCCAGAGGUCCCCUUGAAAGGGGGAGCGUGGAUCUCGCUUUACAUUCAAUUUAUGUAUAUUGAUAUCAGUCCUCCAAACACCAGCGCGACGACAACAAGAGCUUUGAUCCCAACCCUUGAUGUGGUGCUGGAUGACGAUUUCGGAUGGAAUUCAACGAAAAUCAACCGUGAUGGAAAAAUUGAAGUGAAGCUCGUUACGAUAGCCACCAAUAAAUCUCCGAAUUGGGAGGAGUCCGAGAGUCGUCCAGCUUGGGAGCCUGGUAAGAAGAACCAGUGCACUACCUCUAACCCUCCCUCGAAGGACGAUGCUGCAAAGAGACUGGCACAGAAAAAUACUCACUUGGCUGUUGCCGUUCUGGACAGCGCCAGCGAGGAUGUCGAGCGCGCGUGGAAGGGAUUGGAGGGCAAACGUGUUUCUGUGAAGCGGGGUCCCGUGACCGAUCGAAUCUUGGAUGAAACGUUCAUACCGAUGUUCAAUUCAAUUUUUUGCGCUGCUUAUGAAGAUGCAAUGACGACAACAACAACGACAACUACUACUACGACGACCACCACAACUACUACUACGACGACCACCACAACAACGACGACGACUACAACAACUACAACAACAACGACUACAACAACAACAACAACGACUACAACAACGACGACGACUACAACGACGACGACGACUACAACAACGACGACGACGACUACAACUGCAACAACAAGUACCGAUUCCGAUGAAGAGCGACUCUGA